AUGGAGCGCCUGGUGCUGGGCUUGGUGCUGCUGGCCGGGCCCCCGGCGGUGGGCAGCCCCCUGUACCAGCGCGGCCUCUCCCCCAUCAAGGAGGUGGCGAUGGACAUGGCCCCCAACUCCUUUGACGACCAGUACGAGGGCUGCAGCCACAUGAUGGAGGAGGAGCUGCCGGAGCUCAACCGCACCGAGUUCCUCACCAACAGCAUCUACGCCAAGGCCUGGACCAGGGCAGCCGAGGAGUGGCGGAAACAGCAGCACCACGUCCCGAUGCCGCCGGGGCUGCGGUCGGAGCACGCGGUUGCACUGAUGGCGUACACCACGGAGAGAUACCUGUUCGAAGCCUUCAACAUGGCCGUGCGCGAGGCUGGGCGCUCCCGGCAGGAAUACCUGCACGUGUUCCAGUUCAAGACGCUGCACUUCCUGCUGAGCCAGGCACUGCGCACCCUGAGGAGCGCCGAGACCCACUGCCGCUGCCACCGCGUCUACCGCGGUGUCCGAAACAUCAGCUUCACUGCGCAGCCCAACCAGAGCGUGCGCUUUGGGCACUUCACCUCUACCUCCAUCAGCAAAGAGAUCAGCAAAAACUUCGGCAACGACACGACCUUCACGGUGGAGACCUGCUGCGGGGCCCUCAUCAGGGACUUCUCCUUCUUCCGCAGCGAGGAGGAGAUCCUCAUCCCACCCUCUGAGAUCUUCCAGGUCACCAACUUCACCCGUGCUGGGCAGAGGUCCCUCAUCCAGCUCCGCUCCCAGGGCGCCAAAAGCAAUUUCAACUGCGAGUUGGUGAAAGAGAAGCGGUGCGGGACCGCGCCGUGCGCCUUCGGCGGGACUGAGCCCAGAGACCCCUGCUGCGGGGCGGCCUCCGCCGGGCCCGCCCCGGCCCUCACCGGCAGCAGCGCCCUCUGGGGGCUCCUCCUGGCAGCGCUGGCGGCCGUCGGGGGACCCUGAGCCGCCGCGAGGAGACGGGGCCGGGACCGGGAGCCGCUGGAACCGGCGUCACGGCGCUGGAGGGACGGGGCGCGGGGACGGCCCCAGGCCCGGCUCAGCCCCUCCGCGGUGCCUCCGGACCCGGGACAACCGGCGGAGCCUGGCUGGGGCCGCGGGAUGCUGCCCUGGCGAUGAGGCUGGU